UUGUACUGCAAUGGCGGAGACAAUGAGGCUGAGUGGAAAUCCUCCUGCUGUUGAAUCGUUUAACAUGUCCAGCUACAGAGAGACCGUCUGUGCUGUUCUGAAGCUCUUAGCAGACUUCGGGAGAGAGCUGAAAUUAGGAGAUGCUGUUUUGAGGAUUGAAGUGAACGUGGAUGCUGUGGAUCUGCCAUCAUCUCCAGAUCUUCAUGUCUACACCUGUUUACAGGAGCAUAUUACUAAAUUACAGGCUGUUUCAGAAAGCUUGAAGAAGCUUGUGGAUGCUGAUGCAUCAUCUGUUAAACACAAUGCAUCAGACGCUGCUGUCUCCUCCUCGUCACUAACAGAGCGGACGUCAGCACCGUCGGAGCAGCACCCCCCUGGUUCAGACGCAGCCAAAAGCAAGACGGCGCCCGAUGAUGUCAUGGUUCAGAUCCGAGCCAGGAAGUCAGAGAUUGAGCGAAGAAUAUCUGCAUUUAUGGAACGCAAGCAGAUGGAGAUCAAUGAAAACAAUGUACGCGAGUUUUGCAACGUGAUCGACUGCAAUCAGGAAAACAGCUGUGCCAGAACUGAUGCAGUUUUCACUCCUUAUCCUGGUUUUAAAAGUCACGUGAAAGUAACGCGGGUGGUGAACACGUAUGGGCCACAGACUCGGGGAGGCCAAGGAGAGCCCGGAGAGCUGCAGAGGGGGUCUGUGGUGAGAGACUGUGGGAAUGCAGCCAUAGAAGAACGACUGCACAACAUCGAGACUCACCUGAAACUGCCGACAGCCGGCCCUGUUCCACUCAGUGUGUACCACAGACUAAAGAAGCUGGAGGAUCGGAUCCUGGAGCUGGAGGGACUCUCACCAGAGUACUUUCAGUCCACGAGUCACCUUCAUAAGAGACUGAAGACGGCUCCAGCUCAGGCGUGCAGUCUGACCGAGCUGGAGGAGAAGAUAAGUGCAGUGAAAGCAGCUCUGAUGAAGAGGGCAUCUGAGUUAGGACCUGGAUAUGGAUCCGAGUGUCCCAUGUGACAAACUAAGACCAUAAACUCUUCAUUGUCUGUUAACUUGUUCAGCUCUCAUCUUCCUUACUGCUAUAAUAAAACACUUCACAUUAACAUCUCCAUUACAGACAGAACACACUUACUUCCUUUAAUCAUUGACUGAACUGUCUCUGUAAAUAAAGGCUCUGUUUCUUC